CUGAACUUUGAUAACAUCAAAAGUUUCCGUCAAAGAAAUCCAAAUUCCAAGCGAUACAAAAUGUUCGAAAGUGAUGUUAGACACUCGGACGUAUACUUGUCCCUGCUUUCGCGACAUGUCCACAGAUACCCAGAAGAUGGAACCCACAAAGCGUGGGUGCUCCCGCGCAUAAUGAUUCUGUUCGCCAGCGGGGAUGUGGACGAGGUGGUGGAGGUUAUAGUCUCCGAUAUGACCCACCCCAUUGGAAGUGGGCAGGUGGCCAGUGUCCUAGUGGAGGAGUCCAUAAGAGACGAAGUGAUAAGGAAGAUUCGUGCGAAUCUGAGACCCAUGAACGAGCGCAUUCAACACCAUCCAAAUUACCUGAGUUCGGUGAAGCUCAUCGAGCGGAUGAACUGCCCAACCAUCCACAUAGAGGAGUUCGAUGAAACAGAUACGAAGAGGCGAUAUGGUCGCAGAAUGAAAGGAUCCCCUAUAAUAGUGCUGGACUUCCCCCAGUACUACUUCGGCGACAUACCUUCGGCCAUAAUAACCUUGAGUACCUUUCGGAAUCUCCAUGAGGUGGUGAAACUGUAUAAGCGGGAGGGCCUGCCCUUCGAUUCGGUGUCCGUGUGGUCUUCGAAGUUGGCCCAGUGCUUCGACCUGGUCACCAGGAUCUCCGAGGCCUGGCAAUGGACUUUCAACUGCAUUAACGAGUCUAUCAAAUUCCCCAAACAGCCUGCUGUGCCAACUUCUGGAGUUUUUGUGGUGGCGGGCUUUCACUAUGAGGUUCAUGUCAUAGGGGACAAGAUCAAAACCAUAGUCUUUCCAAUUAUGCAAUAGGUAUUACAUCGAAAAAUCAUUACUCCAUGUGAAUAAAUGGCCUACAUUUGUUUUUAAUAAAAAUCUAACACGGAAUUUAAGGAAAUAAAA